CGAUGACCUAAGAUCUCAGGAGAUCUUCACUUCUUGACACCAAACUUGCAAACGGCCACUGAACGACGAAAAGCGACAAAGGAAACCGCGCUGAGAGGCCUGUACGAAACCAUUGCUGUUUAUGUGAGUGACGUCAUUCCAACAUGUCGCUCUGGUAUAAGCCUCCGAAAAUUUUCGUCAAGUCCCCGACGAAAAGAGUCCAGCAAUGGGCCGUGUUUUCACGCUUGUGGUGGCUAUACGAUGCAAAGUGGCAAAAUCCCUUCUACUCUGCCAUGAAGAUUCAAAAAUAUCUUUUGGGUUCCCACAAGCCGAUCCAUCAUCCCCUUAGUGAUUGUGGAGACCAUGUAGUCAUCAUAAAUACAAAAGAGAUUGCAAUGCCAGCUGAGGAGUGGCGAUACAGAGUGUACUUCCACCACACAGGCUAUCCUGGAGGGGCCUCUUGGACUCCUGCAUAUGAACUUCAUGAAAAGGAUCCUACUAUGGUGAUGUACAAAGCAGUCUAUAGAGCUGUGGGAAACAACCUUUUGAGACCUGAGGUCAUGCCAAGGCUUCAUCUCUUCCAUGAUGAUGUGAUAUCUGAAGAAAUCCUCAAAAAUGUCACAGCUCAAAUCAGACAGUUGCGACCAGUGCCAAAGAGGCUUGAAGAAUAUUCAGAAGAGGAACAAGAACAGUUCCCCAAACUCUUUGACUGGCCGAAGGAAUAUGUGAUUCAGUGACCAGUAUGUGAGGCAAGAUUUGUGGGAUUUUCUACUUUAUACUUUGUUUGAGAAUAGAGUGCCCUGUAUGAUAUUUGAAGGUUCCCAUUCUAGCAUUUCUGUGUGGUCAUUAAUCUUCUGGUGAAUCUAAAUGGGAUCACUAAAGACAAAAUUUAACUGUCAAAAUGAUGACUAAAGAUAUUUCAACAUUUUGAAGCCAAAAUGACCACGAGUCACAAACAUUAUCACCCAUCAAAGAAAGCUUGGCAGCUGCUGGCAUUUUGAGAAACAGCAGCACUUCAUGCCCUAGGCAAGUGGAGAUAAUUCCAUUCAUCUCUCCAUAUCCAAAAAAAAAAGAAGCAAAUUGAGUCAAAAUGAGUUGCACCUUGAGUUUCAUUUCAGAUUGCACCAAAUCCAGAACAUCAUGUCCUGUCUAUCAUCCUCAGUAUUAACAUCUUCUGCCAGUUCCCCAUUGCAGAGGAAAAUCCCUCCUAUUGAGAGAUUUCCUAAUGGCC